AUUUUUCUAUGUCGCGGUGGUUCCGCCUUACGUACAAAUGCAACGUUAGCGGGCUUUCGGGGGGUACACUUGGCGCGUCGUCGUUCGCGUAUUAGCGAGCUUUUCGUCUGAACUGCACAUUUUGACGUCGUGGAGAGUUGUUUUUUUUGUUUUGGAGCUGCCGCGGCUUUCUGAGAGGGCAAACUACGCCACACGGUCCCAGAAUGCAUGUGAUUAAGAGAGGUAAGAGCUGUUCUGGAAGGCCUCUUAAAAUUCUCUGGCGACCCACUCUCAUCAAUGGUCAUUUACAAAACUAAGACACGCGUAUAACAACUUGUGGGUCGUUGCGGCUCGACUGUUUAACAGUUUUUCUGACUAAAUUACAAGUUGGAACUCGCAAGCUAUCGACAGUGUUAGCUAACAGCUUUGCCUCGUCGGACAUCCUGCGCAUACACAGCUGGUAUCAGUUUAUAGCUUAAUUGAGUGACGCAGACUAGCAUCUUUUAAUUGGAAUAGUGUAUUGGAUGUAACAUUAUUGUUGUUUGAGAGCUCAUAUGUGAUUAUUUAGUGUAAUUUGCCGCAUCCGGUUUAAGUCUUUGUCAUAGUUGGCGCCAAAUCGUUAAUCCAAAGACAUUCAUGUCCACCCUGAUUUAGUCAAUCUGUCAUGUAAUUCUAAUUGGCGUGUAUUGAUAGAGUAUAAAACAUUCUUUUCUACUCGCGAAACUGUUUUUUUUUCCCAAAAAGUUUUAAUACCCUCCUAAAAUAUGUAAUACGUUUAAGGCACAAUUGUGUAAAUAUGUAUGAGUACUAGUAAAUAUUGAAACAUUUACAUGCUAGAAAUGGGUGUUUGUGGCAUUGCCCAUCGCUUAUGUGUCAUAAGUGUCUCAACAAAACAGAGGUUCCCAUUGGAAGCUCCACAAAAGUUUCACAACAUUACGAACUUUUCAUCACAUCAUUGUCCACCCCCCUCCCUCCCUCAGAUGGGCGCCAAGAGCGCGUCAUGUUCGACAAGAUUACCUCCCGCAUCCAAAAGCUUUGCUACGGCCUCAACGCUGACUUUGUAGAUCCGGCGCAAAUCACCAUGAAGGUGAUUCAGGGUUUGUACAGCGGCGUCACCACAGUGGAGCUGGACACACUGGCGGCAGAGAUCGCAGCCACGCUCACCACCAAGCACCCCGACUACGCCAUCCUCGCCGCACGCAUCGCUGUGUCAAACCUCCACAAGGAGACCAAGAAAGUGUUCAGCGAAGUGAUGGAGGAUCUCUACAAUUACGUCAAUCCUCUUAAUCAGCGCCACUCCCCCAUGAUCUCCAAGGAAACUCUGGACAUGGUCCUGGAAAACAAAGACCGCCUCAACUCUGCCAUCAUCUAUGACCGCGACUUCUCCUACAACUUCUUCGGCUUCAAGACACUGGAACGCUCCUACUUGCUGAAGAUAAACGGCAAGGUGGCUGAGAGACCGCAGCACAUGCUCAUGAGAGUGGCUGUCGGCAUCCACCGCACGGACAUCGAUGCCGCCAUAGAGACGUACAACCUGCUCUCGGAGAAGUGGUUCACGCAUGCUUCGCCCACGCUGUUCAAUGCCGGCACCAACAGGCCUCAGCUGUCCAGCUGCUUCCUGCUGGCCAUGCAGGACGACAGCAUCGAGGGCAUCUACGACACGCUCAAGCAGUGUGCCCUAAUCUCCAAGUCGGCAGGUGGCAUCGGCGUAGCGGUCAGCUGCAUCCGCUCCACGGGGAGCUACAUUGCCGGCACCAAUGGCAACUCCAAUGGCUUGGUCCCCAUGCUGAGAGUCUACAACAACACAGCGCGCUACGUAGACCAGGGUGGCAACAAGAGGCCCGGAGCCUUUGCCAUGUACCUAGAGCCAUGGCACUUUGACGUCUUUGAUUUCCUGGAGCUGAAGAAGAACACCGGCAAGGAGGAACAAAGAGCCAGAGACCUCUUUUACGCCCUCUGGAUCCCAGACCUCUUCAUGAAGAGAGUGGAGAGCAACCAAGACUGGUCACUCAUGUGUCCCAGCGAGUGUCCCGGCCUGGACGAGUGCUGGGGUGAUGACUUUGAGGCACUCUACACCAAAUAUGAGAAGCAGGGCAGGGUGAAGCGGGUGGUCAAGGCUCAGCAGCUGUGGUAUGCCAUCAUCGAGUCGCAGACAGAAACGGGAACGCCAUACAUGCUGUACAAGGAUGCAUGCAACAAGAAGAGCAACCAGCAGAACUUGGGCACUAUCAAAUGCAGUAACCUUUGUACAGAGAUCGUCGAGUACACCAGCCAGGACGAAGUGGCUGUCUGCAACCUGGCCUCCAUUGCCCUCAACAUGUAUGUCACUCCAGAGCGCACGUACGACUUCAAGAAGCUGGCGUCCGUCACCAAAGUCAUUGUGAAGAACUUGAACAAGAUCAUUGACAUCAACUACUACCCCGUCCCUGAAGCGGAGAGGUCCAACAUGCGUCACAGGCCCAUCGGGAUUGGUGUCCAAGGAUUGGCAGACGCCUUCAUUCUCAUGCGUCAUCCCUUCGAAAGCCCAGAAGCUCAGCUACUCAACAGCCACAUUUUUGAGACAAUCUACUAUGCAGCCUUGGAGGCCAGCUGCGAGCUUGCUGCUGAGCACGGCGCCUACGAGACAUACCCAGGCUCGCCCGUUAGCAAGGGCGUGCUCCAGUAUGAUAUGUGGGACAAGACGCCCACCGAGCUUUGGGACUGGAAGAUACUCAAGGAGAAGAUCGCCACACAUGGUGUGAGGAACAGCUUGCUGCUGGCGCCCAUGCCGACUGCCUCCACCGCCCAAAUCUUGGGUAACAAUGAGUCCAUUGAGCCUUACACGAGCAACAUCUACACUCGCAGGGUCCUCUCUGGAGAGUUCCAGAUCGUCAACCCUCACCUGCUCAAAGAUCUCACUGAGAGAGGACUGUGGAAUGAGGACAUGAAAAACCAGCUUAUUGCUCACAAUGGAUCAAUCCAGGACAUCCCUGAGAUCCCAGACGACUUGAAGGAACUUUACAAAACUGUGUGGGAGAUCUCCCAAAAGACUGUAAUCAAGAUGGCUGCAGACAGAGGGGCCUUCAUCGACCAGAGUCAGUCCCUGAACAUCCACAUAGCUGAGCCCAACUAUGGCAAACUGACCAGCAUGCACUUCUACGGCUGGAAACAAGGCCUGAAGACGGGCAUGUACUACCUGCGCACCAAGCCUGCUGCCAACCCCAUCCAGUUCACGCUAAAUAAGGAGAGGCUGAAGGACACGCAGACAGAGAAAGCCUCUGAGCAGGAGCUGAAGGAGCGCAACACGGCUGCCAUGGUGUGUUCCUUGGAGAACAGAGACGAGUGCCUCAUGUGUGGCUCUUGAAAGUUCCCUGUCAUUUACGAGCUAUUUCUUCAGUGUGAAGAGCAAAAUGUCAAUACUCUUAAAAUGUCACUUAAUAUUGAAUGUACAAAAUAAAAUGUUUCUAUAUACUCUAUACGUGUCUGA